ACAACUUUCUGUGUGCUUCUUUGCCUCCAUUAUAUCUUCACUCAUCUGCAACUAUUAACUUUCUAUUAUGAAUCUUCUUCUCCAAAUUUCUCUGUAAAUUCUUAAUUUAAUGGCUUCAGAAUCAGAAUCGGUAUCAUCGUUGAUGGAGAAUUUGAUGAAUUCCAGAAACAUAGACCUUUCUUUGUUUUUACCUUUCAUUUUAUCCAUCACGAACAAUUCAAUUUCAUCAAACCCAGAUGAAGAAACAGAUGAAUCAACAACCCAAUCUGAGUUUUCCGAUCGGAUCAUCCUCGUUAACCCGUUAACCCAAAAUAUGAUAGUAAUGGAAACCCGUUCAUCUACUACUUUAGAUUCAUUUCUGAACGAAUUGAUGAGCAAAGAAGGUCAACCACCAGCUUCCAAAGCAUCAAUUGAUGCACUUUCAACUGUUGAGAUUUGCGAAGAAGGAGAAAAAGGGGAGUGCUCUAUAUGUUUGGAUGAUUGGGUAAUUGGUGGGGUAGUGAAAGAAAUGCCUUGUAAGCAUAGAUUUCAUGGAGAUUGUGUUGAAAAAUGGUUGAAGAUUCAUGGGUCGUGUCCGAUUUGUAGGUAUAAAAUGCCCGAAGAAAAUGGUGAUUCGAAAAAUCGAGGAAGAAGGAGAGAGAUUUGGAUGAGUUUUUCAAGUUCAGAAAAUCAUAAUAAUCAAACAGUUUCAGCUAAUUUUAGUUCUGAAAAUGAUCAUGCAUCAGAAGCUUAAAAGCAACUUUUAAUUUUUUUGUUCAAAAUUUGCAGUUUUUUUAAAGAAUAAUGUUAUUGUACAGAGCCACAUUUUGUUGUUUGUUGAAUAUGGUAAAAUGGAGGUUUAUUUUUAUUUGUUA